UUCGGGGCCCUGCCCCAUCUCCGUUCAGCCGGCCGCCUCCGGACCCGGCGGUCCGUACUGGCAGGGUCGUCUGAGCGAGGAGACCUGUUUGAGAUGUGGUGGUUUCAGCAAGGCCUCAGUUUCCUUCCUUCAGCCCUUGUAAUUUGGACAGCAGCUGCUUUCAUAUUUUCAUAUAUCACUGCUAUAACACUUCACCAUGUUGACCCUGUUUUGCCUUAUAUCAGUGACACUGGUACAGUGGCUCCAGAAAAAUGUUUGUUUGGGGCAAUGUUAAAUAUCGCCGCAGUUUUAUGCAUUGCAACCAUUUAUGUUCGUUAUAAGCAAGUUCAUGCUCUGAAUCCUGAAGAGAAUCGAAUCAUCAGAUUAAACAAGGCUGGCCUUGUACUUGGAUUAUUGAGUUGUUUAGGACUUUCUCUUGUGGCAAAUUUCCAGAAAACCACCUUUUUUGCUGUACAUGUGUGUGGAGCUGUGCUCACAUUUGGUGUGGGCUCAUUAUAUAUGUUUGUUCAGACUAUCCUUUCCUACCAAAUGCAGCCCAAAAUUCAUGGCAAACAAGUCUUCUGGAUCAGACUGUCAUUGGUUAUCUGGUGUGGAGUAAGUGCAUUUAGCAUGCUGACUUGCUCAUCACUUUUGUACAAUGGCAGUUUUGGUGCUGAUAUAGUACAGAAACUCCAUUGGAACCCUGAGGACAAAGGUUAUGUGCUUCACAUGAUUACUACGGCAGCAGAAUGGUCUAUGUCACUUUCCUUCUUUGGUUUUUUCCUGACUUAUAUUCGUGAUUUUCAGAAAAUUUCUUUACGGGUCGAAGCCACUUUACAUGGAUUAACUCUUUAUGACACUGCUCCUUGCCCUGUUAACAAUGAACGAACAUGGCUACUUUCCAGAGAUGUAUGAUGAAACGACAAAAUAUACCUUUGGUGAUUAUGAUUCUCAGGGAUUGGGGAGAUAUUCAUGAAAGUUACUUAUUCUGCUCUGAAAUUUUCAACCAUUUAAUCGAGGCUGACAGUGACAUGAAAGAAUCUUGAUAAUCAAGAGACAUGAAUUAAGACAUGAUGUUAUUUUAAAGGACAUCUGCAAGAGGAUCAUGUAAAAACAUUUAUGCCUAUACUUUUUUAGCCCAGAAUGUAAAACCAAAGGACUACAAAAUUGUAUAUUUUUUUCUACUUUUUCUUUUUUUUUUUUUAAAGAGAAACAACCAGAAGUGCUCCAAGCAGUCUGCAAAAUCCAACUUUUCACAUUUUUAAAACCAUUAAAACUCAUGUUUUGUUUGGAGCACUUAUGUAAGAGAAAUGUUUCAGGACCCCAAAUAAUCACAAUGCUCAACAGCUCCUGAAUUGGGUUCUGAAGUAAUAGUUUUACAUUUCAUAUAGUCUUUAUAAAAUUUAUUUCUUCUGGAAUCCAACUUUAAAGGGAAGUAGACCUGAAAUCACAUGAGCACUUUAAUUACUUAAGCUUUGCACAGGAUAUUCUAUUAAUAUUGAUUUGAUUCCUGCCACAAGGCCAGAUACUAUACUAAAUGGUCUGUCACACAUGCUUGCUCGCACUUGUUUCAUGAAGCUUAGUCUCUGAUGUGAAAUUUUAAUUACUAAUGAAUGAGAAAAAUAGCUGUAGGUAAAUGUACUCCAGUUGCGUUUUGUAUAAAACAGUGGUUAAUGUUCCUACACAAGGCUGAGAAGUUUGUGAAUAACAGCAAGUAUAAUUAUAUAAAAUAAAAGUCACCUCAAACUGCACUCAGGAAUUUCUUAAAAUUUCAUUUAUAGCAAAUUAUAAUUAUUUGAAAAAGAAACCUUGAACAGAUGUUGGACAUUGUUUAAUGGGAUGUGAUCUUUGUAGAACCCCAAUUCUAAAGGAUAGAAACAGCAAUCCAGAAAAAACUAGGUGCAGAAUAAUUAUGAUACAUGCACCCACCAAAAUAAUUUUCUUUCCUUCUGGACAUGCAAGUAAUUGGAGCACUUCUACUUGAAUCCUUAUCUGUGUGGAUAAAGAAUGGUUUACAGAUCCCAGAUAAAAUUCAGAAGAAGAAAACACUCAUUUGGAAGGUGCCCAGUGAUCAACUGAUUUGCAAAAGAAUCUCUGAAGAAGAUUAACAAGGUUUUUCUUUUUAGAAGAAGUGGGUCCAUAGCCAGAAUAAAAGAUGGUAAGGAAAAGUUUAAAGUGUAAGAGGGAGCAAUUAAGGGAAGAUGGUUAUAUGGUAGAACCAUAGAUCUCAAUUAUGAAAAGGUUGCUGGUUAUAAAAAGGUAAAUGUUUCUGAAGACUCCUGGACUUAAAAGAUAGAAAAUGGAAUACAAUACUGUUUAGCUAUAUAAAGCAACAGUGAACAUGGGAAACAUUUCAGUAAACACCAAUUGAAAUCUGACAUCACUAGAAAAAAAUUUUCAGUACAAACCAUAAAAUAUCUUUUUCAUGCCUCUGAAAAUCAUGAUUUUCAUCAUGUGCAACCACAUCUGUGAAACAGUAUCUAAUCCUAACUCCUGUCCCUCAAGGAAGCUAUAAUCCAAGUUGUGAAGGACCACAGUAUGGUAAGAAGGAAACAGAUAAAAUCAAAGUUCAUAAAAUUAUAGUUUAUGUGGGGGGAAGAUGGCACAGGGAAGAACAUGGCCUUGUGCUUCUAUAUUAGAACUUAGAGAUGUAUUAACAACUUUAAAUUAUUUUAAAAACAAAAAAUAUUACUUGAAUAGUAUUUUAAUUUCAUUAUUUAACUUUUACCCUUAGAAAUAACAUAGGCUUAAAAUAUGAAUAAGUUUAAAAAGAGAUUAUAAAUAGAAAUUUUUGAAUGUGCCUUCAUCCCUUAUCUUAAGCCUGAAGUAAUGGAAGCUAACCAUACCCUCCCUCAAAGUGUGCUUUGCCAGCACUGUCAGAUAGUACUAUUAAUAGCUUGGAUGAAUGGGUAAGGUAGUUCAAUUUAAUUAAUUUUGUUUUGAAUGUAGACUUUUGAGAAUAGGAGGUUAAGCUGACAAAAUCAACAAAUGCUAUUUCCUGUGUUCUUAAGACACAGCAAGACAUUUCCCUUUUAGUUAAGUAUAGGCAGAAGAAUGAAUUUUAGUCAUGAAAUGUAAAUGAAAUGGACGUGUCUCCUAUUUCAGCAUUAUGAUUUUGAAAAACAAGAAUGCUGUUUCCCAUUUUUUUCUCCUUAUAUCAGUUGUUUAUUGAUAAGAACAGGGUUUGAGGAGAUGGCAGACUAACAUGUAGGAGCCUGAACUAGUUCUCUUUUAAUCAGAUUUUAGAAUACCAACCUAGAGAUCUAAUAUAAUGUAAGAACUCUUUUUAAUUAUCCUACUUACCAAGAUUAUCUAUUUCUAGAAUAGUGUCAUGCUGUACUCGGUGGAUUUAUGAAAGAGAAAGACAACUUUUCUUGAGCAGUGUUCUGUACAGACUUGCCAUGAAAUGAAGUUGAAUAAAUGUUGGAUUACUGUCC